GAGUUUGCUAUAUUGUUCUUGUACAACACUGUUGUUCCCAACCUGUAAUUUGUUUAUUUCAGUGUGUGUUAUUUUUAUUUACAUAAAAAGGCGAAUAAUCUAAUAAAAAUAUAGUAUAAUGGCGUCGAGCAGGUUGGAGAAAAUUGGAACAAUUUUCUCCAGGGUGACGGGACUCUUGCGGUCUGGGGCAAUGAAGGAGGUGGAUAAGCCCUUGUGGUACAACCUCUACAAAGCAUUUCCACCCACAUAUGAGCCAAGAUUCGACAGGCCAGCCCCAAACAUACCCAUCAGGAACAUUUUGUACCCCGAGGAUGAGAUAAGAGUGAAAUUUCACAAAACGCAGAAGAAUUUGAAGGCAGUCAACCUAGCGGAUCAUGUUUCACAAACAACCACACAGAGGUUCAUCAGUGUCUACAAUAGGCUCAAGGAGGAAGGGAAGAUUCCUGAAGAAAACCUUUUUGAAGAGUCUCUUGCAGUGUUUCAAACUGAGAGUCAGACGUUUGUGAGGAGCAGGGUUUCAACAGUCAGUCAAGAGAAACUCACUGAAGUCACGCAGGAACACGACAAGACUGACGUUCAAGGGAAACUGUCCGUAGAUAUCAAAGAUAUUUUCAAGUAACUAAACUUUUAAUACAUUGUGUUGUGUAAAUAAUUAUGCAGUUUUGUUUGUAUUAUGUUUGUUGAAGAUUACAGUUUUACUUUUCAA